AUGGCGGGAUGGUUGGGCCUGUGCGCGUGGGUGGUGUGGUUCGCGCACACGCAGGCCGCCAAUCCGCGGGAGGAGGCGAUGCGCGGGUGGUGUCGCUUGCGCGUGCGCUACUUUUACCAGCGCCUUCUCUCGUCCGUCUCGCGCGUGCAGGAGAUGUCGGCGCUGGUGAAGGUCUUUAAUGGGUACGGCGAGCGCAGCAGCACGAACCUCACCUACUGGGGGCUGGCAGGGUGUGCGGACAACCGCAGCAUGGAGCUGUACAACGCGGCCACCCUGGGCAUGUCGGACCUCACCACAGGCACUCUCAUCAUGCUCGUGGAGGAUGCUGACAGACCAACGGUGGAGCGCAUCACAGGGCGGCCCAUCUUGACACUGCUGGGCCUGCGCGCCCCCCGCAAGGCGCUGUACAUAGUGAACGUGCUGGGCGGCAUCGAGGCGUCUGACCCCAUCCCGCCCCUCACGGACUUCUCGGCCAGCGUGCCCCCAGCCACCCUCGCCUCUGUCCUCCAGGGCACUCCUGCCGCCUCCGCGCCUAUUUUCUUCGGCAAACAUCAUGUGGGCAUUGUCCUCUUCCUCCCCAUCACUCCUCUUCCUCCCCAUCACUCCUCUUCCUCCCCAUCACUCCUCUUCUUCCCCAUUGCUCCUCUUCCUCCCCUUCACUCAUCUUCCUCCCCAUCACUCAUCUUCCUCCCCAUCACUCCUCUUCCUCCCCAUCACUCCUCUUUUUCCCCAUCACUCCUCUUCUUCCCCAUCACUUCUCUUCCUCCCCAUCACUCCUCUUCUUCCCUAUCACUCCUCUUCCUCCCCAUCACUCCUCUUCCUCCCCAUCACUCCUCUUCUUCCCCGUCACUCCUCUUCCUCCCCAUCACUCCUCUUCUUCCCCAUCACUCCUCUUCCUCCCCAUCACUCCUCUUCCUCCCCAUCACUCCUCUUCCUCCCCUUCACUCCUCUUCCUCCCCUUCACUCCUCUUCCUCCCCAUCACUCCUCUUUCUCCCCAUCACUCCUCUUCUUCCCCAUCACUCCUCUUCCUCCCCAUCACUCCUCUUCCUCCCCAUCACUCCUCUUCCUCCUCAUCACUCCUCUUCUUCCCCAUCUCUUCUCUUUCUCCCCAUCACUCCUCUUCUUCCCCAUUGCUCCUCUUCCUCCCCAUCACUCCUCUUCCUCCCCAUCACUCCUGUUCCUCCCCAUCACUCCUCUUCCUCCCCAUCACUCCUCUUCUUCCCCAUUGCUCCUCUUCCUCCCCUUCACUCCUCUUCCUUCCCAUCACUUCUCUUCCUCCCCAUCACUUCUCUUCCUCCCCAUCACUCCUCUUCCUCCCCAUCACUUCUCUUCCUCCCCAUCACUUCUCUUCCUCCCCAUCACUCCUCUUCUUCCCCAUCACUUCUCUUCCUCCCCAUCACUCCUCUUCUUCCCCAUCACUCCUCUUCCUCCCCAUCACUCCUCUUCCUCCCCAUCACUCCUGUUCCUCCCCAUCACUCCUCUUCCUCCCCUUCACUCCUGUUCCUCCCAUCACUCCUCUUCCUCCCAUUCACUCCUCUUCCUCCCCAUCACUCCUCUUCCUCCCCAUCACUCCUCUUCCUCCCCAUCGCUCCUCUUCUUCCCCACUUAAGCCCGUCAUUGCAACGAUUUUGAGCAACUUUGUAGCCAGCUGUCGCACCUUCUACCCCCCCUACUCGCUGGCCUUGUACGACACCACCGACCCAGGGCAGCCCAUUCAGGUGCUCGGCCCGGAGCCGCUGCGAGUGGAGAGUGGGUCGCUCUACCCCUACGUGCUGCCUGGGCCCGUGGUGCCGUACCCCAAGCACGUUGAGCCCUUUCCCGAGGACCUGCUGGGCCGCACGUAUGAGGCGCACUGCAGGUAUGAGGGCGAGUACCCCAAGUGGGAGCUGGUCUAUGCCCCCAUGCUGCUGGGCCUGCUGGUGCUGCUGGUGGCCGUGCUGAUCUCCACUGUCAUUGCGGUGCUGGCAUGGAAGCAGAGGGAGAUGAAGGAGGGCGUGAGGGAGAUGCAGCUCUGCACGCUCGCGCUGGAGAAUGCCGAGCGAUCCAAGAGUGAGACCGUGGCCAACACGUCGCAUGAGCUGCGCACGCCACUCAUCGGCGUGAUAGGCAUGAUCGAGGAGCUGCUGGAGUCGCGGUUGGAGGAGUGGCAGGUGGCGGACUUAAGGAUCGCGAGGGCGUGUGCGGGCGAGACGGUGGAGCUCAUCAACCGAGUGUUGGACCUCGCCAAGCUGCAGGCCGGCCGCCUGCAGCUCGAGACCCUCCCCUGCUGCCUGCGCCGCAUCGUGCGUGAGGCGACCGCACUCGCUGCCUCUGAUGCGCACACAAAGGAGUCGCACGUGACAUGCCACGUGGACGAGAGUGUGCCAGCUGUCCUCAUGGGGGAUCCGACUCGCCUCUUGCAAGUCAUUGGAGAGCUCACGGCCCACGCCAUGGGCAACACCACAGGGGGCCACGUGACCUUACAUGUCGGCUGCAUCCCUCCCCCACCUCCCCUCCCCGCUUCCAUCAACUGUUUCGAUCUCCACGGCCCAUCCACCGCCUCGCCUGCCACUCACCCUCCCUCAAAUCAUGGGGCCUCCUCCACGUGGCAGCAGCUGGCUGCCUGUGUGCGCCGCUUCCCUCCCCCCACCGCCCUCGCGUGCCUCCCUCGGAUCCAGGCGGGAAGGCCGGGCGGCGGGGCUAACAGCAAAGGGGGUGAGGAGCAGCGGCGGAUGGGGUUGGUUGAGCGCUGCUGCAGGCGUGUGGCAGUGGCUACAGGCAUGGGGGCGACAGGCAGAGGGGAGUUUGAAGGGUCAAGUGGGAGGGGGGGGGAGGAGGGACAGGGUGGGGAUGGGCGGUUGGAGGAGGAGGUGAGGGAGUGGGUGGAGGAGGCAUGCAGGGCGAGGGAGGAGGGUGAGUGGAUGGUGGUGGUGGCAUGUGAGGACACGGGCGGUGGUAUACCUCCCGAGGAGAUGCGGUGGGUGCUGGAUCCACAUGGAGACUCCCACCACGCCGCUCAUACCUCUCAUGCACCGCCUACUGAUGCUGAUGCUGAUGAUGGUGAUGCUGCUGAUGAUGGUGAUGACAGCGAUCAGGAUGAGCAAGGUGUCAAGGGCACGUUCUUUCCCUUCUCUCUCAUUCGCCGCCCCAAGAGGCCAGCAUCCAAAGCUGCUCUCACGCACGAGCAGAAGGCAGCUGCUCGCCCCCGCUGGACGCCCUACCCCGUUCGCUUCCUGCUCUCCACCGCCCUUGUGGCGGAGAUGCGGGGAGACAUGGCAGUGCUGUCAGACGCCGCCACAGGCACCACCAUUCUGCUGGCGCUGCCCUUGGGGGGAGUGGAGGACGAUGACAGCUGCGGGGACGGGGAGCAUGCCGCAGCAGGCAUGUGUGCAGCAGCAGCAGCAGCAGCAGCAGCAGCAGCAGCAGCAGCAGCAGCAGCAGCAGCAGCAGCAGCAGCAGCAGCAGCAGCAGCAGCAGCAGCAGCAGCAGCAGCAGCAGCAGCAGCAGCAGCAGCAGCAGCAGCAGCAGCAGCAGCAGCAGCAGCAGCAGCAGCAGCAGCAGCAGCAGCAGUAACAGCAACGGGCACCACGGACUCACUCUCACCUCAAGCCGCAGGCCUUAGAGAAUGCAGAAGAGGCCAAAGGGGAGCCGCCAGCGGCGGCGGCACAGGCAGCAGCGAAAGAGGAGCCGAUACCAGCGGUGACGCGGAGGCGCCGGCCCCAGCGGCGGUGUCGGGGCGGCAGACAAGGCGGGCACACUCGCUCCCCAGAAUGCGUGCCGAGACGGAGGGAGCAGAGGAGGCGGAGGUGCUGGUGCGAGCAGUGGUGACGGGGCAGUCGGUGGCGGUGGUGGAUGACAACGCGGUGAACCGCAUGGUGGCAAGGAGAACGUUGCAGGGCUACGGGGCGCACGUGCUGCUGCUCCCCUCCGGGGAGGAUGCGCUGCAGGCGCUCUCCUCUUCUUCCUCCUCUGCCACUACCUCCUCCCCGCCCAUCCACCUGCUGCUCCUCGACCUGCACAUGCCGCCCGGCAUCGACGGCUUCGAGACGGCUCGUCAAAUCCGUGCCAUGGAGCGCACACAUCAGGAGGCAGACGCACAGCAGGAAACAGAGGCACACCGGGAGGCAGGGGCACAGCCGGCAACAAGGGCAGCCGAUCCAAGCACGGAAGCAAGUGUUGCAGGCGCGCGGCUUUGUAUCAUAGCACUGACAGCUGACUUGGAUGCAGGAGUGAAACGAGCGUGCUUGGAGGCUGGCAUGGAUGGAGCAGUGAGGAAACCGAUUGUGGCACAGGAACUCCUGGAAGCGCUCAUAACUGCAGGGUUUGGAGCAGCCCCUUUUUGA